AUGAGACCAAUUGCACCAAGUAAGAAAGGAUACAUAAUGCCAGAAGUUAAGGUACGUUUUCCUCCAGAAAUCACACCAAUUAAUCUCAUUGUGAAAGCUAUCGCGAAACUAGAGACUAGCGGACAAACAUCACGAAUUCCCAAUUCGUUUAUCGCUUAUCGCAUGGCUUUUUACAAGGAGCUUCAUUCGAGCAAACAUCCCGUGAUAACACAACCACAACUUUCGACGUUGGUCAAACAAUCAUGGCUUAAAGAGGAGGAACACAUACGACGAGAAUAUCAUCGCAUCGCAAAAGAAGCCAAAGAUUUAUAUAUCAAAAUUUGCCAUGAACGAAGUCCACUUUUUGUUACAAAUAUGUUUUCAAUCGAUGACGAAGAUUAUUCUUCUUACAAUACGAAAAAUAAUUCAGACGCAUUAGAAUUUGUGUUUUCAAAUUCGAGUAUCUUGAGUGACUCUAAUUUUGACCUUUUUAAUAGCAACGAAAUAUCUUUAUUACCAUCAACUUCUUCAUAUGAAACAAACACCACCGCGUCCACUACUCCAAAUGUCACAAACAUAUUCAAUACUGAUAAUCUAACACCAGAACAAUGGAUCUCUCAAUGUUUAUUUUCUUCCAUUCUAUCCAUUCAAUCCGACUUUCCUUCUGUUCCGAAAUCUUCAAUAAUCAGUGACAUUAAUCUUUCUUCAGCUGAGUAUAAUAAGUGCUGUAAAGAAAAAAUAGGAGUAUUAGAAAAUCGCGUUGUUGAAUUAGAGAAAAAACUUGAAUCACUGACAAAGUUGUUUUCAGACUUGAUAUAA